AUGACGGUGGACACCAGCAUCGAAUGCCAUUCCCAUGGCGCCAUGUCCUGCAUCGAGACUCACACUGUCGGCAUGCCCUGUCGAAUCGUCACCAAGGGCUUCCCACGCCAAACGGGAACCAUGCUACGCUGGCUGCACCUCGUCAAGAACGAUCCUAUCACACAAACGUCUACAAUCUUUCUCCACACACUUGGCGGCCUUGUCAAGGCAACUGUCCCUACUACUGCCGACGGGCAACGGUCAGACCCGUCGCGUCCUGUCACCUUUGUCGCAGUUCCCUCUUUCGCCAUCGCGACGGACCUCGACGUGGCCAUCCCUCCAGAGUAUCGGUGGCCAGAGCUUGGCACCCGAACCAGCGUCAACGUCUCUCUCGCAUACUGCAGCGCCUUUAGCUGUCAGACUCAGUUGCAUGAACUGGGUUUUCCACAACAUACGUUCCAAGGAGGGCCUGUUCCAUUUCAAGACCUGAAAUAUGCUGUGUCACAGCUCAAAAAUGCUUUGGGAGAACCAAGGUACCAAAAGUACUUUAAGAACCCUUCUACUGGUGAAUCUGGGUCCUGUUUCGGUGUCUUGAUCGCAAAUAAAGGAUUGGGCCAACGCAGCAAGGGCUCCGAAGGUGUAGAGACGGGGCUAUACAUAUUUGGCGAUGGGGUCCUUGACCGCUCUCCUACUGGGAGUGUCUCGGCAGCAAGGAACGCCGUUGCAUACGCCAAGGGGGAGCUUGGUCCUGGACAGUCAUGGACUUAUCAUAGUCUCUUGUCCAACAGUCUCAAGAGAAAGGAAGGAUUCACGGCUACGGUUGUACGUGGAGAGGGAAGAAGGAAGCUUGAGGAAGGGGGGUAUGCGGCGGGUCCGGUUGUGGUGGAAGUGCAGGGCUCUGCGUAUUAUACUGGCUUUCAUACUUUCGUGGUCGAAGACGAGGAUCCGCUGGGCAGUGGCGGGUUCACGUACGCACAGCUGGCUAACUGA